AAGAGCAAUUCUCGAAUAGAAUAUUCUAAAACUCCCACAUUUUAACAACGAGGUUACACAAAAUUGUUUUUAUCAUCAAGUUGAAAUUGAUGUUAAAUCUAASUUACAAUGCUAGACAAAAAAACAUCGAAAAUCGACGAUCCUUCGGUGAAUAAUUCCGAUGAAAUAUGGGUUUUCGGCUAUGGAUCGCUAACUUGGAAUCCUGAUUUCGUAUACGAAGAAAGCCACGUUGGUUUUAUUAAAGGUUUUGCUAGAAGGUUUUGGCAAAGUAGUAAAUGGCAUCGUGGCGAUGAAAAUAAGCCUGGUCGUGUGGUCACUUUGGUAAAGCAAUUACAGAGCCAAGUAUGGGGUAUUGCAUUUAAAGUCAACAAGUUGAACAUGAAACAAGCCCUUGGAAAAUUAAACCACAGAGAGGUGAAAUUAGGAGGCUACGAAAUCCAUCAAGAGACAUUCUACUCUAAUACRUCAUCAUCUGUUAUCCCAGUUCUUGUYUACGUUGCCACGGAAACUAAUGAGUUAUUUGYKGGAAGAGAAACAACUGAAGAACUAGCACAACAAAUCGUGUGUGCGCAUGGUCGUUGUGGGCCUAAUAUAGAGUACCUAUUUCGCCUUGUAGACUUUAUGAGAGAACAUGCGCCCAACGCUGAAGAUGAUCAUYUAUUUCAUAUUGAUAUAUUGGUCCGUAAGCUGCUUGGGCUUCCUGUKGAUAGAAUUAUUCCRUGGCACGAAAUGAAAAAGCAGAGUACUUUGGCAGUUAAUUUAACUUUUACAAUCCAGAAUUAACUCAUAUACAUUUAUCAAUCASAAAUAAGGCUUUUUUUAAUCCAUGCGUUUAAGCCAUCUCCAUAGACUUUGUAAAAUACAAAACCUAGUGCAUUKUGGUCUAGCUUGAGGACAAACAGCACUACAUUUGACUUGAACAAUAACUAUUCUUACUGAAUCUAGACCACAAUACCGUGCGUAAUGAUAUUUAAUAAGAGAGGACCUAUCYUUCGAGGCCUAUUUCUGAGUUCCUCUCAGCUAUCAUUACUAUUUAAAUAUGCUAUAGAUGGAAAGCUACUUUGGCUCCUUGAAUUCCCGUAUACACCARUGAAAAAACGUUGUCACCAGGUUCAAAAAGUCUACAUCAUCGAAUCUAAGACCGAAAGGAAGUAUGGGAAGGUAAAUAAUUAGUAAAUGAGUGUAUCUGACUGAGGACUGUUUCAUUUCCAGAACAUAAUCAUAGACUCCACUAUAAAAAUUCUUCAUAACGUUCGAGCAUGCGAUGGUAAAUACGACCAAAUUCUAUGUACCCCGAAUCCCUCAUUUUUAAGUCUUAGCUUUGCAUGGUGUCAUUUUUUGAACCUGACAACUUUUUUUUCAAUUAGGUGUAUAAACAUCUAGAGUUACAGUAAACAUAURCAAUAUGCAACGCGCGCGCCGAUUGGAUGAUAUGAGCAUGAGCGUGAGGCCGUUCAAACUGAGUGUGGUGGAUAGCACGCUCACGUCGUUACAAUCAGAGUUGAAUAAAUAUUUAAUUGUGUGACU